CCCUUCGAAAUUCUCCUCCGUAACUUCGCGUGAACAAUGCACCAGUGCGGCUCGCGUACUCGGUAACGUUACCCCCCGUAAUGCAGCCUCCGGCGAAGUAUCCAGCAUUUCAUAGAGUUCCGGUCAGGUGGUUACAGUGGCGUAAAGAUACGACCAUGGAUCUCGUGCUGAAUGUUGCCGACGAGUACAUCCUCACCCCGUACGUGUACCCCGCGUCAUGGCCCGAGGACGGGGCCCUGCGGCAGAUCAUCAGCCUGCUGGUGCUGACGAACCUCGGGGCGGCCGUCCUGUACCUGGGCCUGGGGGCCAUCAGCUACUACUUCAUCUUCGACCACAAUCUGAAGAAACACCCGCACUUUUUAGAGAAUCAGGUUCAGAGGGAGAUCAUAUAUGCUAUGACCUCGCUUCCCUGGAUCAGCAUCCCCACGGUGGCUCUGUUUUUCGCUGAAGUCAGAGGAUACAGCAAACUGUACGACAGUGUCAAUGAAUCUCCCCUGGGUUGGCCCGGGCUCUUCCUGAGUAUGAUCUCCUUCCUGUUUUUCACUGACAUGUGCAUCUACUGGAUUCAUCGCUUCCUACAUCAUAAGCUUAUUUACAAGCUGUUUCACAAACCACACCAUUUGUGGAAGAUCCCCACUCCCUUUGCUAGCCACGCCUUUCAUCCAGUAGACGGCUUCAUGCAGGGACUCCCAUACCACAUCUACCCCUUCCUCUUCCCCCUCCACAAGGUGCUUUACCUGGCCCUCUACAUCUUCGUCAACAUCUGGACCAUCUCCAUCCACGACGGCGACUACCGUGUCCCCGGCGCUCUUACGAGCGUCAUCAACGGCUCGGCUCACCACACGGACCACCACCUCUUCUUUGACUACAACUACGGCCAAUACUUCACAUUGUGGGACCGCCUGGGGGGCUCCUACAGGCACCCGUCGGCUCUGAUGGGGAAAGGCCCCCACGAUCUGAUCCGGAAACUUCAAGCAGAGGGGGUGUUUGCAGAUGAGGGAGUGAAGGCUAAAGGGCGAGUGAACCGACAUCCUCAGAGGGGAGUGAUGUGUAAGGAGGAGUAGCAGUAGGGGGAAACUACAGUUAAUUGCUGAAAGUGAUCACUAUUUUUGUAAAGGCAAAAUACGCCCAAACUCAACUGGAAAAACAUAAUGGGGAAUAAUUUGAGUGAGUGUACUUGCCAAAUGAGCCAUUGAGAGAUUUUAAAACCUAGUGAAGCCUCUAGCCCAAUGUCAGCUGGGAUUGGCUCCAUCCCCCCACCCCACCCCCAC